AUGCAACUCCUCUUCAGAAAGCUGACGCAGCACUUGCUGCUGCUAUGCAUGCGAGGCAGCCGCAUGCAUUUAACGCAGCGAGAGGAAGACUCUCUUCUUGCGUCUUUGUCUCUUCUUCAUCAGCUUCUUUCUGUCUCCAUUCUUAAACCCGAAUAUGAGGCUACCCUCUUUUGGAGCCCCAUUCCAAUAAAAGAAUUUGAGGAAGAGCUGCAGCAGCAAGAGCUGCUGCUGCAGCAGCAGCUUGAUGCCCAGGAGUACUCUCCGCAGCAGCAGCAGCAGCAGCAGCAAGAACAGCAGCAGCAGCAACAAGAGCAGCAGCAGCAGCAGCAGCAAGAGCAGCAGCAGCAACAAGAGCAACAGCAGCAAGAGCAGAAGCAGCAAGAGCAGCAGCAGCAAGAGCAGCAGCAGCAAGAUCAGCAGCAGCAGCAGCAGCACGAGAAGCGGGAGGAUGCUGAGCAGCCGGAACAGCAACAGCAACAGCAGCAAGAGCAGCAAGAUCAGCAAGAUCAGCAGCAGCAACAAGAGCAGCAGCAAGAUCUGCAGCAAGACGAACAGCAAAGCCCUCACGACUCAACCAGCUCAACGCGCUGCACGACUGUAGCAAAUGAGCUGAUGAGCGCUCUUUCCCGUCUGUUGUUUUUGAAUGGCUUCUGUGUAAACGCUCCGCGGGCCUUCUUGGCGGAAGGGGAGAAGCCUGCAACGCAUGUAGUAGACUGCAGAUUUCUGUGGAGCGGCGGCAUUAAAGCGAAGCCUCUGUCUCCUUGCCCUUCACUUCCUUUUAUGUUAUCCAACAGAGCUAAGACAAUUGAUGAGUAUUUGAGACAAGAGCCUCCGUGGUUGGCUGUCUUUACAGCUGGGCAUAUGCCCUAUACUGCAAACCUCUUUUGCUCUCUUCUCAGCUCUAUCUUCACCUACGACCCCGUUGGAUACGUACGGGUUUACCGUUUGGAAGCAUCUUUAGCAAGUCAGAGCCUGAGGAGUUUCUGUGUGCUGCCCUAG